AACGAAGUUUAUUUACUACAACGAUUGUACACUUGUUCCGCAAACAUGAGUAAAAGAAAACAUCAGAAGUCUUUGCCGGCCACACAAAAUGCUUCAUCAGCUUCACUAGACGGAUCAGACGAAGAGGAUCAUGUUCAUAACAUGCAGAACGCCGUUAAGGAGUGCGCUCGAUUUAUCCUUAGUCGGGAAGGAAGCAAGAUCCCUAUCAAAAAAGCUGAUAUCGCCAAGCAUUUGGCUACGGCUUGCCAGACUCCAUCGCAGCAUGUCUCUAGUGUCAUAAGUGCUGCUGAAAAAUUACUUAAAAAGGUAUAUGGUUACAAGCUGGUCUCAAUAAAAGGUAAAAGUGGGGUUCUGUACAUAGUGGUGUUGACGGAGGAGUGCGAGUCUCUGCCGUCCAACGUGUCGGAGCCGGAGCUCAGGACCAUGCUGAUGGCCUCCCUCACACACAUAUUCAUGUCCGGGGGCAGUGUUAAGGAAGAUGACCUGUGGAAGUUCCUGAGCGAGUCUGGUCUACUGGAGGAGACUGACUUUGCUGGCAGGAAGGCCUUCACUGCCACCUUCACUAGACAACUGUACUUGUCAUUCACUAAGGUGGGCGAUGGCGAUCUAGCCUGGACCGUUUUCGAAUGGGGCCAGAGAGCUCAUCAGGAAGUGCCCAAAAUGUUCCUAUUACAGAAGAUGGCAGAGGCAUUUGAGAAAACUCCCGACCACUGGGCCGAGCAGUACAAACAAGCUACUGAGAGUACCACUGCGGCCGCGUCCUAAUAAAAU